AUGGGUCCAAGUUCACCUGAUAGAAGUCGUGAAGUUGCUGAAAGUCAUUCUGAAUUGGAUCUCAACCGUGUCACAAACAAGGAUGACGUGGAUGUUCCCAAGCAUAAUUAUCUGAAAGAGGACAAGAAUCAUCUUAAGCGCCCCGAGUCAUAUCCCAAGGUUUCCUCCGAUGUUAACCGUGAUAAAAUUGUUUCUCAUCUUGCUACGUCUGAUUCAGACAUAAUAAAAGGAUCUUACUUGCAAUCUGGCUUUGCCCAUGAUGACAAGACUGGAGGUACGUUGAGCUCUGAGGGGCAAGAGUCUCCUACCGAUGUCAGGAAUUACCGUGCUGAAGAUGACUAUGGUGAUUCUCCUACUCAAAAGAAAAAAAACCUCGAAGAAAUGGAAAAUGGAUGCUCGAGAGUUGAUUUGCAAGAUACUUCUUUUAGGGUUGUUAAUGACAGACAUCAAGAGGUUUUGGAAAAGGAAGAUUAUAUUGGACAGAGUCAUGAACCAACCAAUCCAUUUACUAGUGAUAGUCCGGGGAAAACAGAGUUUCAUAAGAAACAAGUUGACAAUGAGAAAAAUCUGCCAGGUGAGUCCGAUGUUUGUUUUCCUCAGGCAUCCCCAAAAAGUUCAGCGUCCCCAGCAAGAGAGAGCUCCUUUAUUCCCGAAAGGUCUCCACAAGUUCGACCAUCAGAGGAAGAGGGAAGAUAUUCAGAUGCAGACCAAAAUAGAGCAUCACCAGAUUCUACUUCCUCUCCUAGACGGGUGCAUUCACCGUCUCCAAGAAGGCCUGGUGGAGGUCACAGACGAUCUCCAUCCUAUGACCACAUAUCUCCAACUAGACAAAGAAAAUCUUCUUCCCCAGUAAGAACACCUCUUAGAGAUUCUGAUCAGAGGAUUGAUUCUCCAUAUAAAAGAAAAAGGUCUUCUUCCCCCAGAAAUAUAUCUCAGGAAGAUUCCCGUAAUGUCAUUGAUUCUUCCAGGAAGCGUUCACGUACUUCACCACAAAGAAAAGAUUCACCACAGAGACGAGAUUCACCAAGAAGGAGAGAUUCCUCACAGAGAGGAGAUUCUCCACGAAAGCGCAGUUCACCACGGCGACGAGAUUCACCACGAAGGAGAGAUUCGCCACGGAGACAGGAUUCUCCACGGCACCGAGGUUCACCUGGUGGUGAUUCUCCCCAGAAGCGUCUAUCUGCAUCUCCACGAAAACGAGAUUCAUCUCAGAGGAAGAACAGAUCAAUUUCGCGAUCUCCACCUGGGAGAAGAGAUUCAUCUGGGUAUAAAAGAGACCGUCGAGACCGAUCUCGAUCAAGAUCCCCAUAUGGAAGGGAUCAUCAUAGGAGAUCCCCAAGGUGAAACUUGCUCCAUUAUUAUUGAUCAGCCUUUAUUUCUUUCAUUGGAAUUUUUGUUCCUCUCUAAACCCCUAUUUGUGAUUUGACUGCUGGGUGGGAAUUAAUUUUCUUAUCAAUGUAAUUUUUUUCUAAUUUUCUCGGUGUAUUUUCGUAGUUAUAAUUUUUUUUGUGAGUGCUGCAUGGUUCAUUUCUACGUACCAAUAGUAGAUAUCUGGAAUCUUAUUUCGAGUCAUUUCACCGGUUUUCGUACCUGUUCAUUUAUGCUCAACUUGUUUGCUGGCCAAGGGUUUUUCUUGUUAAGUAUUCAUUUCAUCCUAUAUUUAAUAAUUCAUUAUUUUGUGUUAUUAUUAGCAAGUGAUUCUUGUUUUGUUUUUUUUGUUUUUUUUGUUUUUUUUUACUUACUCUUUAAAGCUUUUUCCUCCUUUGCCAGAUCUACAUUAUUCUAAAAAGUUUAGAUCUAGCUUUUGUAUUCAUAUUUGCUAUGAUGUUUUUUAAUGUGAUAUCUGAUGUAUUCUAGGAGGCGGCAUUCUCCUAGGCGUAGGUCUCCUUCUCCAGGCUAUCAUUCUCGUCGCCAUUCUCCAAGGAGGAGGCCUUGGUCUCCUCCCUCUAAUCGCAGUACUGGUGUGGGUAGACCUGGCAAAAACUUGUUUGUUGCUGGGUUUAGCUUUGUUACUACAGAGAGAGAUCUAGAGAAGAAGUUCUCUCGGUUUGGUCGUGUUACAGAUGUUCGGAUUGUUCGGGACAAGAGGUGCCCUCUUUGUACUUUGAAAUUUAUUAUGACAACUUAAAAUUAUGAUUGGUCAUGGCAUGCAUCAGUUGUCGUUAUUUGUUAUUAAUUUACUCAGUCAUUUAAUUCCGUGGAUAUUUAUUCAUUGAUGUCUUAUUAAUGAUAGCUUGUGAUUCCAUGCUAUUUAGUGUUCUUGUGAACAAAUUAUGGUUGCCAAUUUAGCCUCUUAACAAUUAUGACUUCCGCCGUCCUAUUUGCCAUUGGUUUCUUCCAUGUUUCGUCAACCCAUGGCAAAUCUGUUUUUCAUACUGUAUUAUUAUCUUUUGUUAUUGCAGUUCCUCUCAAUCAUUGCCUCUCUUUUCCUAUAAGAAGCGUCUUGUGAUUCCUAUUUUCCAAGUGCCAUUUUGGGCAUUUUGAAUAUGGACAAGUAAUAAGUAACUAUUCUGGACUAGAUUUUGGAGGGAGUCACCUUAUCUUUCUCCCACUGACAAUUUCUUAUCUUCUACUAGCCUUUCUAUUUCUCGAUUGCUAAAAGAAGAACAGAUAUUAAACUUUCCAUCAGAUGAUAAGAACACAAUCCUCAUAUUCUUUCUUGUCAUGGAUUCUCUGUGCAUCGAUUCUGCGUUUCUUGAAAAGUAUGGGGGCAACUCUGGAUGAAUUAAUCAGAUGGGCCUAGAUUUCUCAUAUUGCCGAUUGCAUUCUCUUACUACAUCAGGCAAUUUAUUUUUUUUCCCCAUUUCUUUUGGCCAUUAUUUCCUGUGUUAAUUGUGCUGCUGGUGUUCCGUUCACUGCGAUCUAUACUUCCCCAAUUAACUAUUUAUUCUCUUUGCGCGGUCAAGGUCGGGGGACUCCCGCGGCUUCGGAUUUCUAUCCUUGGAAAAGGACGAGGAAGCUGAUGCAGCCAUUCGAGCUCUAGACCAGACCGAGUGGAAUGGCCGGAUUGUUCUGGUGGAGAAGGCUAAAACCUCCGUUCGCUAA